UCCCUGGCUGCACCGAACCGGUGCACGGGAGGACAGACAGACAGACAGACAGAGAGACGCCGGGACUGAGGCUGCCCAGGUGAGCACCAGCUGCAGAGCAUCCCGUCCCCUCCGCUCCCAGCCAUGUCCCCGGGGGUGAAGGAGAAGAACCACGUGCGGUUGGUCUUCUUGGGCGCCGCCGGCGUGGGCAAGACAGCCCUCAUCCGCCGCUUCCUGCUGGACACCUUCGAGCCCAAGCACCGGCGCACGGUGGAGGAGCUGCACAGCAAGGAGUACGAGGUGAGCGGGGCCACGGUCACGGUGGAAAUCCUGGACACCAGCGGCAGCUACUCCUUCCCGGCCAUGAGGAAGCUCUCCAUCCAGAACAGCGAUGCUUUCGCCCUGGUCUAUGCCGUAGACGAUGCCGAGUCCUUCGAGAGCGUCAAGAGCCUGCGGGAGGAGAUCCUGGAGGUGAAGGAGGACAAGUUCCCUCCCAUCGUGGUGGUCGGAAACAAGGAGGAGAGCGGUGGCGAGCGGCAGGUGCCGGUGGAGGAUGCCCUGUCGCUGGUGGAGCUGGACUGGAACAGCCGCUUCGUGGAGACGUCGGCCAAGGACAAUGAGAACGUCCUGGAGGUCUUCAAGGAGCUGCUGCAGCAAGCCAACCUGCCCAGCCGGCUCAGCCCCGCGCUCUGCAAGAGGAGGGAGACGCUGCCCAAGGAGCAGAUGCUGCGGCCGCCCAUGAACAAGACCAACAGCUGCUCGGUGUGCUGAGCCC